AUGCUGGGAGUGGAGAUGUAUCCCAGUCUGCCUCUCGGGCACCAGAGGCUGGGAGACUGCUACUACAGAGACUGUGACGUGGCCUCUGCCCACGUGCCCCUGUACCCCUCCUCAUGUGACGCCGCAGCUCGCGCCCUGCCCCCCCGCCUGCUGCCCCCUCCCCCAGCCCCCGCCCCCCAAGAGGCUCCUUCCACACCGCAGGGCAACGUCAAGAUGGAGCUGGAGAAUGCGUCGCUAUGGAAACAGUUCAGCACCAUAGGCACGGAGAUGAUCAUCACCAAGAAAGGAAGGCGGAUGUUUCCUCAGCUCAGAGCGAAGGUGUCGGGUCUGAACCCCACCCUCCGCUACAUCCUGCUGUUGGACAUCGUCCCUGCCGACUCGUCCCGCUACCGUUUCCAGGAUGACAGCUGGCAGGUGCUGGGCGGUGCGGAGGCGAGGCUGCCGGACCGGGUCUUCAUCCACCCCGACUCCCCGGCAACCGGAGAACACUGGCAGAACCGCACCAUCUCCUUCCACAGGACCAAGCUCACCAACAACACACUCGACGCACAGGGCAACAUCAUUCUCCACUCACUGCACCGCUACCAGCCGCGUCUGCACGUGAUCGAGGCCAGAGACAUGCUGAUGUGGGGCGGAGCCCGUCACUCCUUCACCUUCCCAGAGACCCAGUUCAUCACCGUCACCGCCUACCAGAACAGCAGGAUCACUGAACUGAAGAUCAACUCAAAUCCCUUCGCUAAAGGCUUCAGAGAGAACGGCAUGAACUGCAAGAGACAGAGAGAGACCAGACAGAAAAAAAAGGUCAACACCCAGCAGACAGAACCUAUGGAUGACCUGGAUAUCGAGUCAUGUGACCCCUGCGACCCAUGUGACUCCACUGAGCUCCUCCCACAGAACCCCAUCCUGUCAAUCACAGGCUCCCCCCUCUCUAUCACUGGCCCCUCUUGUGGUUUCCAUGGUGAUGCUCCACCCUUCCCAGGGUCAACUGUGUCAGAUCAGCCAAUCAGUCUGGGCCAAGCCUUCAUCUCCUCCCAAAUGACCCAGAUCCCAGACACCACAGAGAUUCCCGCCUCCAUGGACAGUGGACUACAAACCAUCUCCCAGGAUGACCUGAAUGACAGCUUGAUUGACAGGUCGGGUGAGAUGAUUGACCUCCACUCCUUCAGUGCUCCAUUUGCGGAUUCAUCCCAGUUUUCUUCAGUUCCUCAUCCUCAGUGUUCAUCCUCGUACUCGUCUGUCACAUCCUCCGUCACCUCCUCAGGCAGGCCCGAACACCUCCCCCUGCCCUCCUCACACUCUUCUCCCACCUCCUCCUCCUCGGACCACUCCUCCCUCUCCACCUCCUGCUACACCUCCAUCCUCUGCUCCUCCUCCUCCUCAUCUCUUCCUUCCUCCUCCUCCCCAUGCUCCGCCUAUCCCUCCAUCUCUCCCUGUUCCUCGUCCGGGCAACAGCUCCUUCCACCCCCGUCCUCGUCCUCCGCCUAUCCCUCCAUCUCUCCCUCCAAUCAGAAUCAAGACGUGCUGAGUCCCCACACCCCAAACACCUCCUCCUUCGUCUCCUCUCUUCCCACUCCUCCUUUCCAGACCCUCCAUCCCUCUGUCUCCGUCCACCCCAUGAACCCGGCCCAAAGCGAGCUUUCCCAGAUGGGCCUGACCUACUCUGCGCCGCCCUCGGCAGUCCAGAACCCGGCUGCCACUGCGUUCCCUUUCCCCCCUCUCCAGCCCCACUCUGACCCAGAUCCUGAGCCGUGCACCCCCGGCUCUCUGCACAACUCCACCCCACUGUCCGCAUUCCCCUUCCCAGACCAUCAACCGCCCAGCUCCACCCCCACCCCCACCUCCGCCCCCCACCCCAUCACCCCUCAGUCCAUGCCGAAUCCCCUCGCUACAGCGUUCCCGUUCCCCCCUGCGUCCGGGUCCAACCCCAGCCCUUCAAACAGUCACUCAUCCUCAGCGUUCCCGUUCCCCCCUGCUCCGGCCCUGUCCCACUCUUUCCCAGGUCCUCACCCAGGCCAGUCAUACUCCAUCCCAGGUUCUCACCCAGGCCAGACCUACAAUCCCGCCUCAUCUCAUCCUUUCUCCUCUCUCCCUCCCUCCAUUCCUUCCUGUCCUCCUCCUCAUCACUCUUUCCAAAAUACCGCACCCGGUUUUCCCAAUCCUGCUCAGAUCCAGCCAGGCUACCCCAUGGCAUUCCCUGCUUCUUCCUUCUCCCACAUCCCAGCCUCUGCUUCGAACCCUCCUCAAAUUCCCUCCUGUUCCAUGAUUCCCGCCCAAUCAUCCCACCCCCCCCCUUUCUCUUCAUCGGCCUCUGCCCAUCACCACUCUCCCUCCCUGCCCCCUGCCUCAUACCCCCAGUACCUGCCAGGAGCUGCCCCAGGUGGCUACCCUUCAGUGCCCUCUGCUGAGAUGGGCACCUACCCCAGUGCCCAGUUCAACCCUGGUGCCCCCUACCUGCCAGAGAGGGUACUGCACUCCUCUUUUCUCCCCUCUAUGGAUCCCUCGCUUUCUUCCUCUGCGCCUCCGUCUCUCUAUCCCUCUUUCUCCUCCUACCCUCUAAGGUUGUGUCAGGACCCCCGCACCUCCUUCCACAUUCCACUCAGGCAUAUUUACAGACAGCCCCAGCACGCCCACACGCACACCCAGGGGUCCUACCUGGACAUGAGCGGCAGGGCUGUGUUCUGA